AUGGACUCAAACAUUACUGUCAAGCAGGUCCAGAAAUUGAAGACUGUGGAUCAGGUCAUUUACUCGUUGGGUCUUGUUUUCCAGGAGUGCCAGGCUUCUCUGGGAACCCACAAGCGUUUGCUGGCAGUUCUUCAAGCUCUUCUUGCAAAAUCUCUCACCUUAGAUGCUCUGGAGAACUUCAGUGAAGCAUUCUGUGACAUCAUCAACAGGGCUUUACCCGUGAAGAAAGGUCAGACAGCUGUUGAUCGGAUUUUCAGACUGAUUGGUUCGUUUGUGGAGGCCAUUGAAAAGGAUUCACAAGACGAAAUGGACCAGGACGAUGAGAAGGCUGAUCCUGUUGCUGUAUUGACCGAUACCAUGAUUCGCCAUCUUCUUCAGGGAACAAGUGCAAAAGACAAAGUGGUUCGUUUCAGAGUUUUCCAGCUGAUAUCUAUCAUAGUUCACCACAUGUCUUCCAUCAACAACGAGCUCUACGAGUUAUUGACCGAGCACGCUAGUUCGAGACUGAGAGACCGCGAAGCUACCGUCAGAAUACAAGCUGUUUCAUGUAUGGCAAUGUUUCAGGGAUCUGUUGACGAGGAAGACGAGAACGAGUCACUUGUAGACCCAUCCAAACUGAUACUGGAGUCUAUGGAAAAUGAUCCCAGCCCAGAAGUGAGAAGGAUAGCUUUGAUGCAUAUUCAGAAGACGGAGCAAUUGAAGUCACGAAUCAUCAUGAGGGCCAGGGACGAAAACCAGGCAGUGAGGAAGUUCUUCUAUACAACUGUGGUGAAGCAGCUUUUACAACAGGUAAAACUAGAUGCUGAAACCAGAAAUGAUAUACUUUCGUGGGGUCUAAAUGAUCGUGAAGAAUCAGUUAGACUGGCCGCUGAAAAGCUGUUUUGCUAUGAUUGGCUGGAAAGCGUGAACGGAAAUGUUAUGGAACUUCUGGAGAGACUUCAUGUGACUACCAGUUCCGUGGCUGAAACUGCAAUCAAAUGCUUUCUUAGUAACAGAGCAGACAUCGUCAUCAAAAUUGAUUUCUCUGAGCAAUUCUGGCAAAACCUGACUCCCGAGACUGCCCUAUUCAGCAAAGUCUACUACGAUUAUUGCACCGAAAAGAACAUGGAAGAGUCAAUAGACAAAAACUUUCCCGAGGCGGUUGAACUAGCGAAAUUGCUACAGAAAUACAUGAAUCUGAGACUUGACAAUCAGAAGUUGAUCGAAGGUCGCGAGGCUGAUCCUGGUGAAGGAGUAAGCGACAUCCCAAUGGAUGCUAACGAGGUAGACUAUGUGAUAGAGCAGCUGCUGAAGUUGGCUAUAAACUAUGACCUAUCAGACGAAGUUGGUAGACGUGAGAUCUUGCAGGUAUUACGGUUGUCAUUGAGCGAGCAUAUGCUGACCGAUAAUCAGGUGGAGUCGUUGAUCCAGGUGAUCAAGAAGAUCUCCAUUAAUGAGAGAGACUUUUGUCAGAUGCUUGUCGAAAUCGUGGCUGAUAUCAGAGAUUCCCAUCUUGAAGACGAUGACUUUGAUGCCACAUUCCAUUCUGCCGUUUCUGAAAUGCCUAAUCGCUCGUUGGAGAAACAAGACGAAGAGGAUGUUCCUAGUCAGCAGUCAAAGCAGCCCAUACUCGCUGAUCCACGUCAGACUGCUGUUGAAUCCUUGAAAGAGGUUCCUACUGAAGCAGUCAAAUACAUCUUGAUAAUUAUCAAGUGCAUGUUAGGCUCUCUGGAAAAAGAGGAGGACCGUAUUUCCUUGAACUCGCUCAUGGCUACAGUGGUGGAACCAUUCUUCGAGAGCGAAGAUGAGAAGGUUGCGGAAUUGGCUCUUUACUGCAUUGGUCUCCGGGCCGUUUUGAACGAGGAAUACGCAAUCAAAGCAGCAUUUUACGAUUCGGUCGCAAUCUCACAUCGCCACCUAGAGAUGAGAGCUAUUGCCUUGAAAAGCUUAACUGAUAUCAUUGCUGUCCACGGUACUUCGUCCAUUGUUCUCCAACCCGGUGAAGUCCCACAAACGGACUCCAUGAAGGUUAUCACGGAGGUGUCACUCGCAAGAACGUAUUAUCGUACUUUAAGAGAUGAUACAAAGCCAGAACUACAAGCAAUCGCAGGAGAAUCUAUUUUCAAGUUGUUCCUGGCAGACGUGCUCACUGAUGAUGAAUUGUUCGAGACUACGUUGUUGGCUUGGUAUAAUCCAACAGUGAACGCCAACGAGACACUCAAGCAGUGUCUAGCCUUCUGCAUACCCACAUAUUCGUAUUCGCAUCUCAACCAUCAACAGAGGAUGUGUCGAGUGGCUGGAGAUGCCAUCAGAAGAACAUUUUUGAAUUGGGAGGAAAACAAAGACGGAAUCAAACCCACCACAGAUGUCACCACUGUGCUGCACCAGUUUACGGCAUGGACUGAUCCCUCAAGGGUAGUCAAUAUCUCCAAGCCCGACCUGGAAUCCAGCACUAACCACAUCUUGUACGUCACCAAUGUGCUCAAAGCGGUAUGCUCAGAAGAGAGACUAUACACUAACCAGAAGUAUUUGGUUCCCACGUUGACAGCUCUGUCAAAAAUCUACAUUGGCAAGUCGGUUGUUCAAAAUAGACUAGUGGACCUUCUGAGAGCAGUGGAGAUGAUGGAGAGCGAGUUCUUGGAAGGAACUAAGGCGUAUACGAAACCUGCCAAAACAGCAGUGAGUGUUUUUGUAUCCAGACUGCAGGCUCUCAUUGGCGAGGAAGCCUUGAAUGCAAAAGACGAUGCCGACGAAGACGAGGAAAGCGACCCAGGGUCAUUUGACCUGGAGGCAGAAGCACAAUCAGAGCAGGAUUCUAAUACUAGUGUGGAGAAAGAAGAUAUUGCAGAGUCAGGAGAAGAAGAGGGGGAAUUGGAAGAUGAGGAAUCUCGGGAUUAG